CCGAUCAAAACGAGGCUCAUCCCGGAGGCAGAGAACUCUUUCCAUCCCCGGCAACCCAGCCGCCUCCUUCUCCUGUGACCUGCCAGUCAUGAAGGCUCUAUUCCUGCUGGUCAUUCUCCUGGCCAUCCAGCCAGGGGUAUCAGGUAGACAACAUACCCUCCGAUGCAUGGGUAACACGGGAGUCUGUAGAACAUCUUGCAGAAAGGCUGAACAUCCCUACCUCUAUUGUAGAAAUUAUAAAACAUGCUGCCUCCAAUCCUACAUGAAGAUAAACGUUAUUAGCAAAGAGGACAAACGUGAACAGAACAAAGUGACCCGCUGGCCAAAAGUAUCCUGAGCGCUGGUGAUCAUCAUCCUCAACCUGCUGUUAAUACCCUCAUUAAAAGUCAUGCACCUGA